CAGGGGCCUGGAUAACGCAGUUUGCCGCUUCGACAAGCGUGACCCCGCCGCCGCCGCCGUCGUCUUCCUCCUCCUGCCGUUUUUAUCCUCUUCGUCGUCUUCGUCCGUGUAGGCCGGCGGAAAACGCAUGGCGUCCAACUACGUGGACACGACGGGCGAGGAGGGCCGGUUCCACGGCCCGCACCACCACCACCACAGCGCCGGCACCACCCCGACCGGCGCCGCGGCGUCGUCGCCGCGCACCAUGCGCCGGAGCUUCUCGUCCGCGUCCUCCGGCGGCGGCCACAGCCACGCCGGCGGCGGCGGGGGCAAGUGCGUGUGCGCGCCCCCGACGCACGCGGGGUCCUUCAAGUGCCGCCUCCACCGCACCAACUCCCAGGGCCACGGCCACGGCCACCCGCACCCGUCCCCGCCCACCUCCCCCGCCGCCGCGCCGGCGCAGGGCGUCCCGUCCCCCGCCUCCUCCCGCACCGUCGAGGCCCAGUGAAUCGUCGCGGACCAAGAAACCCAAGAAGAUGAGCGAGGAGCAGAGGCCAGAGGAAGGGAGAGACCAUGACAAGAAUAUGAUCGAGCGUCAGAAGAAGGGAGCCUAUUAGUAUUCCCCUUGCUGUGAUCCGCCGUGUUACCGGAAGAUUUUUGCUUUCGCAUUUCGCGUUUCCUCCUGUCAUUUCUGUGUGGGAUCCCUCGGUUUCUGCUGCUUGAUUCCCGCCUGCCUCCCUCCCUCCUUCAGAUAUGAUGAUGCUCCAGCCCAGCUUCUCCUUGUCCUUGCUUCAGCCCCUUCUUCUACCUCCUGGAUCGCCAGCUGAGAGACGGUGAAAACGGAGGCCUAUGUAAUUAAAUUACCGCCAUUUGCCAUUCUAGUAUUGGAGUACCACCCCUUUUGUGA